AAAAAUCAAUUGUGAGUUUUACAGUACACUAAUCAAUGAGAUUUAAACAGUUUUAAAAGUUCAACAGUUAUCAGCAAUAAUAAUUAUUCGUGACAUGAUAAUAAUUUUCAUUGGUCUCAGAUAAAUAAUUCAUGUUUAUUUUAUCCUUGUAUGUUUAUUACUUGUAGAGGCUUUCUGUGAAGAGGUUCCUAUUCAAAGAGUGGUCGAUGAGUAGUCUCUUUAGAUUCCUCAUUUCAUCAGUGAAUAACAUUAACUAUUCACAUUUAUUCAUCCUUGUAAGCUUCAAGAUUUGAUCUCCAGUUACGAUUAAACGAUGGAUUACGGCUGGAUUAUUGCCUUGAUUGUGACUCUAUCGUCAGUUACUAACAUAAGGACCUAUGGAAUUGGAGAGAACAGCAUUGAAUCUCGAAAGCGAGUGGUGAGAGACGUGUCUGUCACCAGCUGUUUCCCACUUCAAAAACCACAGGGAAAAUACAGUGCACUGCAUGACUUUGGAACAACAUUCACUAGAAUGGUGGCAGGCCUGCAAAACAUCACAACCAGUCCUCCAGGUAACAUCAUCAUGUUUGUUGGCAACACUGGUGUUGGAAAGAGCUCGCUGGUGAAUUUGCUAGCUGGCAACACUGCCAACUUCAAAGCGGUCGAGGAUAGUCCUGACACAGGUAGCUAUCAUAUUGUGGAGACAACCGGAAUACAUGUAUCCAACAUCACCACUGAAUCCAAAACAACAUACCCAGAGCCAAUCACUGACCUGCAGUCUGGAGUGGUUUUCUUUGAUAUGCCUGGCUUCAGAGAUACUCGCAGUGCUGUACAUGAAGUGAUUGCCGCUUAUGGUUUACAAUUUGUUGCCAAAACUUCAAAAGCUAUCAAAAUUGCCUUGCUUGUUAACUAUGAGUCUUUGACCAUUGGUGGAUCCCGUGAUGAUUUCAUUAACACACUUAAAAGUUUCUUCAGUCUUCUCAACAACCCCAGCAAGUACAGGCUUUCUACACAUCUGGUGGCUACAAAGGUCAGGAAUGAUUACAUCCCUAGAAAAGGAAAGCUUGUGUCAAUACCAGACAACAAAUAUAUUGAGUCUAUAAAGAAUUUUCUAGAUAGUGUAAGAAGAUCACAGGAGGAACAUCAUGAUGGUGUUACUGGCUAUUCAGACAAGCAAUUCCUAUCUUUGUCACAAACUUUCAUCAGAGACUUUGUUGAUGGAGAGAAAAAAAUUCAUUUGUUUAAAAAGCCUGAUCAGGAAGGUCCUGUAAUGGAUUCAGAACCAGUGAGUAGAUCUCUCGAGACAAUAAGAGAAUCUCUGGUAAAGUCUAAUAGCUAUGUCAGUGUUGGAGUGAAUGAUUUCGGAUACACACUCACUGAUAAAGCAAAGAACCAUAUCCGUGAACUAUUUGACAUGAUGAACAACUACACAAUGGAUGUAGGUAGAUCAUUCACACAGUCUUUCCAACCUUACCUGGUCUCCAUAUAUAAGAAUUAUUCUGACAUCUCAGAUAUCACUGCUGAUCUACAGAAGACAAAAACUGAUGCUGGUGUGUUGAUCCACUCAGCCAAUAUGUCACAUCAUCCAAAUGAGUUUGCAGAUGCUCUUCAAAAGUUUCUGCAUGAUUUAGGAGCUGACUUCUGCAGCAAUGAAACGUUACAAGAGAUGAAACAGCUGAACAAAUCCUUGAGUAGCUUGAAGGGUAUAACUGGAGAACAUUUUUAUGUCCCAGACAAAUGGACAGCAUAUUUGUAUGAUAUUGAGCGCAUUGUGAAGAAUGAACAAGACUACUAUGCUAUGCUUCAUAACCUUUACAACAAGCUGACUGAACAUGAUGCUUUGACUGUGGAUUUCUAUGUGAGUAUUAGCUCCGUGUUGAAAAAGCACAACAAGAGGAAUAAGGUAGUUGAUAAAAAUAAUUAUGGUCAUCUGAUGGAGUAUUUGGGUUUAAAACAGUAUGCUAGUUUGAAAAUCAACCAGGAUCAGUUGGAUGAGAUCAAUGCAGUUUAUACAAAAGCAAAGAAUCAGUUCUAUUAUCAAAAGCAUUCCUGCAAAGACAACACAUCAUUGAUCCUGGGAAGUUUCCUGCAGCUGCAAACACUUGACCGCAACAAACUGUGUGCAGAUGCAACAACAGUUGUGCUUCUGGCAACCAACCGGAUCUACAUUGACACCAGUCUAGGCGUGGAUGUUUUGGGUGGAAGGAAUCUGGUGAUCAUUGCACCUGAGUGGUACGUGAUGGGCAAGUUUGUGAUCAGUGUUGAUGGUCCAUCUCAAGGUGCGGCGACACAUAAAGCCCCUAAUGGACAAGUUGGUGUUGAUGGUAAACCUGGACAGUCAGCUGGUAAAUUUGUUGGUGUUGGACUGCAUUACUACAACAGUGAACAGUUGACAAUCACUGCAAAUGGUGGCAAUGGACAGAAUGGACAGGAUGGUGGAGAUGGUCAAGAUGGUUUAGAUGGAUAUGAUAAUACUGGAGUACGCAAUAGUGAUAAGGAAUCAUUGAAAACCUUUUUCUACAACAAAUAUAAUGAAACAACAAUCAUUGGGUCGGAUAAAGGAUCAAAUGGUGGAAAUGCAGGAAUGGGAGGUUUUGGUGGAGCAAGAGGAUUGAAUGGUAGCAUUGAUAUACACAAUUUGUCACCACAGAUGCCUCAUCACAGCACUCAUGUCAUGCUGAAUGGAACAGAAGGACAACGUGGAGCAAAUGGUAUCAUAGGUAGGGGUGGUAAAGGAGGGUGUGAUCAAAAGAUUCAAGAAAGCGAGAAAAAUAUUCUCAUUCUUUUUAAAUAUAAUUCUGUUAAAGAAAGCGGUUUUGUUGACUGUAAUCGUGAAAAUCCAAAUGGACAGCUUGUUCCAAAUAAUGCAACAAGAUCCAUUGAGACACCAUCAGCUGUCCCCAAUCCUCCCUCAAUCUGUAAUUUAUACACAAAAAUGGCGGAUCAUUUUGAGCCUGAUAUAUUCUCGAAUAAACUCAUUGAAGAGUUUCAGCAAAAAUUCAUUGAGAGGUUCGGUUGCAAGGUGAUUUGAUUGUUGCAGGAAGUAAAGUCGUAGUAGACUACAUUAUGUCAAAGUAGGUCACUAGGACGCAGUAGUACAGUAGUGUGAUAUUUUAUGUCUAAAACAAAGUAGAGGGCAGAAUAUAUUAGAAACAUACAGUGAAUAGAGUACCAAACAAGCUACCUAUGUGGAGUAUUUCUGUCAUACUAGUCUCAGAAAUAUCUGUCAUUAAAAACAUAUGCGAUAAACUUCUGGA